AUGCUGGGUAAAAAUAGGAUUGAACAUUCAAUAUCUGAGAGUCGUCGGUUAACUGCAAUUAAUCAUAAUAAACAAGUGGACAUAAACAGAAAGAUAUUAGCUCGUUUAAUCGAUGUAGUUUGUUUUUUAGGGAAACAAGAAUUGGCAUUCCGCGGACAUCGCGAGAAUGAAGGUUCUUUAAAUAAAGGAAAUUAUUGUGAAAUUUUAGAUUUACUUGCUAAGGAAGAGCAAUUUAUAAGAGAACACUUUUGCACAAAUUCUGUUUUUAAAGGAACUUCACACGACAUACAAAAUGACUUGAUCCAUUGCGUAACUACGGUAUUAAAUUCUCAUAUUUUAAAAGAACUGAAAAUUACAAAUUUUAUAUCAAUACAAGCCGAUGAAACUACGGAUGUAUCAUGCCAAUCUCAAAUGAGUUUAAUUUUUCGCUAUAUUCUGGACAAUAAGAUCGAAGAAAGAUUUAUAGGAUUUUUUGAUGUUUCCAAAAAUAAGACUGCGGCUGGUUUAUCCGAAGUAAUUCUAAAUGAACUUUCAAAGUGGAAUAUUGGUAAAAAAGUUGUGUGUCAAACAUAUGAUGGUGCUUCUGUUAUGGCUGGUGAAAAAAAUGGGGUUCAGUCAAUUAUACAAAAUAUUUAUCCAAUGGCUAUUUUUAUACAUUGUUACGCUCAUCAAUUGAAUUUAGUUCUACUUCACGGCGCAAAAUCAAUAAAAGAUGUUAAAUUAUUUAUAGCAAACCUUACUAUGUUCCACACAUUUUUUAGUAGAUCUUCUAAAAGAAGUUCUUUAUUAAGAGAGCAAGGAUUUAAAUUACCAAAUCAAUGCAAUACACGUUGGAAUUAUCAUUCAAGAGCUGCUUUAACUAUAAAAACUCAUUUCAAUGAACUAAAAAAUGCCGUAUCUCAUGUAGUUGAUGACCCUGGCUGGGAUUCCAAUUCUGUUUGUACUGCAUCUGAUGAGCUUCAAGAAGUAUAUCAAGAAGUCACGAAACUUAUUCAAUUAGUAUUAACUAUUCCUGCAACAACAGCCUCAAGUGAAAGAUCCAUGAGUACUUUAAAACGUAUCAAAUCCUUUUUAAGAAAUUCAAUGACAAAUGAUAGGCUUUCAUCUUUGUCUACUUUAGCUAUUGAAAAAAAAAUGUUAGGUGAAUUAUCAAAAGAUCCAACGUUUAUCAACAAUCGUUAUGUUUGUCACACUGAUAUUUCUGUAAUUAAUUAUCAAAAUUAUCGUCCAUGGUCUUAUCAUAUUAAAUUUGCAAAUUGGUGGAAAGGUAAUUUCAAAAACAAAAGUGUUCUAGCUGAUGUUGCUGAAGUACUUCUAACAUUACCAAGCUCUACAGCGUGUGCUGAACGUAAUUGGUCUGUUUGGGGAAAUAUCCAUUCAAAAAACCGUAAUAAACUUAAAACAUCUACAACUGGAAAAUUAGCAUCUGUUUACCAUAACCUUAGAUUGCUGAAAAAUAUGGAAAUAGAUACAGAAGACCCAGUUUUCAUUUCUUCUGAAAUUGAAGACAACGAUACUCGAUAG